AUGUAAAAUUUCCCCCGUCACAUGACCUUUACCAUUGCAGGCAAACCCCUCUGCAAAUGCACCUUCUGCUGCGUGAAAAUGGAGGUGGAUGGCGGCGCGUGGUAAUUUUGGGUAGAAGAAUCCCUUUCGAAACUCGAAUCGUUCAAUCUAUUGCGCUCCCUCAAACUCAUUCACCUCCUCGCCGGAGCUGCUCGUCGCUCCACCUCCGCCGAAAAUUCCCCGUCGAAUCUCAAUCGAUUUUUUGAUGGCCCAAACAAAUGGGACCGAGCUUCUGUUGAGGUGGAGAUUUCAGAAUCCACUUUCCGAAAAUGGCUACACGAUGUCCCCAGUUCAGUUUUGCACUUGACUAAUUUUUUGGGGAAAUAAAGUUCAGCUUGAAGAAAUUAAAGAAUUCAUGUCUAGAAAUACCUAGAAUGAAUAUUGAAAGAACAAAUGUUGAAAUUAUGGGGGAUGACAAUGAUAUCGUAGACGACGAUGUAAGAGCCGACGAUAAAGCAGAGGCAAUCGACGGAAAGCUUAGGAAGUUAAUCGUCUUCUCCGGUAAUGAUUACUUGGGACUGAGUUCACAUCCAAUGGUUAGCAAUGCAGCGAUUAAGGCAGCUCAAGAACACGGAAUGGGUCCAAGAGGUUCUGCUUUGAUCUUUAAUCAGAUAGUAUCUAUCGAGAGUUUUCAAUGUUCGACGAGUUCCCUACUAUUGGUUACAAAUAAACUGCUAGAUUGUUGAGUAGGUGAUUAUGUAAAUCUGCUCAAGUAACUAUACUUCUACAUCAAAGGGGCAGUAUUGUUUUCGUUUUAAUUUCUGUUUUUUGAAUGUACAUGAUCUUCGUCAGCA